GCGGGGGCGGCGCUGACAGCUGAGGCGGCUCGCGGCCUCCCGCGCCCCCGGCGCCCGACCUCCACCCGGCCCGGCCCGCCCGGAGCCAUGAGCCCCGGGCUGCUGCUGCUCGCCAGCGCCGUCCUGCUCGCCUUCGGCCUCUGCUGCACCUUCGUGCACCGCGCUCGCAGCCGUUACGAGCACAUCCCCGGGCCGCCGCGGCCCAGUUUCCUUCUAGGACACCUCCCGUACCUUUGGAAAAAGGAUGAGGUUUGUGGCCGCACGCUCCAAGAUGUGUUUUUGGAUUGGACUAAGAAGUAUGGACCUGUUGUUCGAGUCAACGUCUUCCACAAAACCUCGGUCAUCGUCACAAGUCCUGAGUCAGUCAAGAGGUUCCUGAUGUCAACCAAGUACAACAAGGACUUCAAGAUGUACCGCGCGAUCCAGACUGUGUUUGGUGAGAGACUCUUCGGCCAGGGCCUGGUGUCAGAGUGUGAUUACGAGCGUUGGCACAAACAGCGCCGGGUCAUGGAUCUGGCCUUCAGCCGGAGCUCCUUGGUUAGCUUGAUGGAAACAUUCAAUGAGAAGGCCGAGCAACUGGUGGAGAUUCUGGAAGCCAAGGCGGACGGGCAGACCCCAGUGUCCAUGCAGGACAUGCUGACCUGCACCGCCAUGGACAUCCUGGCCAAGGCAGCUUUUGGGAUGGAGACCAGCAUGCUGCUGGAUGCCCAGAAGCCUCUGCCCCGGGCAGUGAGAGUGAUGUUGGAGGGCAUCUCCGCAUCCCGCAACACCCUGGCAAAGUUUUUACCAGGGAGGCGGAAGCAGCUGCGCGAGAUCCGGGAGAGCAUCCGCUUUCUGCGCCAGGUUGGCAAGGACUGGGUCCAGUGCCGCCGGGAGGCCCUGAAGAGGGGCGAGGACGUCCCCGCGGACAUCCUCACACAGAUUCUCAAAGCUGAAGAGGACGCCCAGGAUGACGAGAUUCUGCUGGACAAUUUCGUCACCUUCUUCAUUGCUGGUCACGAGACCUCCGCCAACCACCUGGCGUUCACGGUGAUGGAGCUGUCGCGCCAGCCGGAGAUUGUGGCAAGGCUGCAGGCCGAGGUGGACGAGGUCGUGGGUUCUAAGAGGCACCUUGACUGUGAGGACCUGGGGAGGCUGCAGUACCUCUCCCAGGUCCUCAAAGAGUCACUGCGGCUGUACCCGCCGGCCUGGGGCACCUUCCGCCGGCUGGAGGAGGAGACCUUGAUCGACGGGGUCAGAGUUCCUGGCAACACUCCGCUCCUGUUCAGCACCUACAUCAUGGGUCGGAUGGACACGUACUUUGAGGAUCCACUGACUUUCAACCCCGAUCGCUUCAGCCCCGGAGCACCCAAGCCUCGGUUCACCUACUUCCCCUUCUCCCUCGGGCCCCGCUCCUGCAUCGGGCAGCAGUUUGCUCAGAUGGAGGUGAAGGUGGUCAUGGCUAAGCUGCUGCAGAGGCUCGAGUUCCGCUUGGUGCCCGGGCAGCGCUUCGGGCUGCAGGAGCAGGCCACGCUCAAGCCGCUGGACCCCGUGCUGUGCACCCUGCGGCCCCGCGGCUGGCAGCCUGCGCCCCCGCCGCCGCCUUGCUGAGGGCGCCCGCCCCGGGGCUUCCAGCAGGAUCGGACUCCUGGGCGAGGGCCGCCGCCCUCCUCUGCCACCCCACCACCCUGCCCCUGUCCUUGGGGCACUCUCCAUGCUGGCUCCCAGUGGGCCCUCUGCCAACCGCCGUCUGCUUCACCCCCUCGGCGCUCCCCGCCACCUGCUGACCACCGUCCUCCUAACUCCCUCCUUGAACCUUGGCACAGGCCCUCCUCUGCCGAGACAACCUAACUCUUGCUCACUCCCUGAAGCCUUCUUCAGGUGUCACCUCCUCCGGGAAGCCCUCCCUGCCACCCCCGGCCGGCUGGGGCCCCUGCUCUGUGCUCCCCUGGUCAUCUGUGCUACCUCUAACACACACUGACCACACUGUAUUGGGAGUGUCCGUGGACAUGGCCGACCGCCCUGGCAGGCUGUGAGGGCCUCGAGGGCGGGGUCUGCGUGUGAUUUGUCUGAGUCCCCCUGGGCCCACCCAGGGCCCAGUACAGAGUCAAUGCUCAAUAAAUGUGUGAAGACUGCA